AAAUGAUCACCUCAACUAGACGAGUCUCUGCAGAAAAACCUGAAGUACAAAUCGCAUUCAGCCUCGACGAAUCAUCAGAGUUGAAAGAUGCAGAGGAUCCCUUUCCAGCUUUCCCUGACCUUGAGCAACGCCUGCAGCCUGCCAGAUCCAGCUCUGUUCCUAUUGGUGUCUGACUCCACUGCUACAUGUCGAUGAGAGAUGAUGACAAACUACAGCUGUUGCUAGCCAGACAUCACUUUAUUUAUGUUUUUACUUCAGAAGAUGAACUGAUGCCAACUCCAACUGUAAGACAUCGGAUACUUCAUAUGCCACUGCCUGAACCUUGGACUUAGGAUAGACCACACCGAACCUCACCGAAAUGCCCUGCAAGUUGAACUGCGAUGCACCUCAUCAUUAAUCUCUGCCUGCAUCAUCUUUGUCAAUUGAUGGACUACACCCUUGAAAUGGAAUACAUAGACUAUCAUUUAAUUGCCAAUAAAGCCUUCAUCAGCCAACUAUUAAAGGACAAUGCAUCUAUGUGAACAUCUGCAAUUAAUCCAGGAUGAACUUCAAAGACAUUAGUCAUUAAUCUUACAGUUCAUAAAUAAAAUAUUUUUAUUUUUAAAACACUGAACCUUAACUUUUACUUAAUUUACAACUUUAAAACCAUGACUUUCACUGCACACACAUAACUGAUAUUAGCAUAUGUGUGUUGUUUAGCCAGAGGGGAACUAGCCCCCACUGUGAGCCUGACUUCUCCUAAGGUUAAUUCCUGUAAAGCUGCUUUUAAAGGAUUUAUGUUGUGACAAGCGCUAUACAAAUAAAAUUACUUGACUUACUUCAAAUACCAUAGUUCAACAAUUGUUACUGUUGUAGAAUCAUGGUAGGUUAACCCUUAUGAAAAUUAACCACAAUUAAUUGUAUCCAGACCAUGAUGUCUGCCAAAAAAAACAAAAAACAAAACAUGGUUACAGUCAUUGUAAUGUCUCCAUUGCUCUCAUAACCUUGGUUCCCUAAAAGGAAGGACAGAGACACUGCAUCAGAAACUAACUCUAUGGGAGCACUCCUCAGGAGACGGUGACCUUAAAACCCUUAACUGCUUGGCACUCCACCUCUGCUGACACCCUUUUGGGCAUAUAAGCAAGAGCCCAGCGUCACAUGAUCCAGAUUUUCUUACUGUUGGAAGAAGAGUGUAUCUCGCAGUCCCUUAACAGCAAAAAAUCAGUAGCUGCAGCACAGCUAUGCAACAUCAUGUUUCCUCCUUUCAUGGAACCAAGGUAACAAGAGUAACCGAGAUGUUCCCUUUUCAGAUGGUAAAUUUGAUACUGCAUCAGAAGCUGACACUAUGUGAGCCGUAAACCAUAACGCUGUAGCACUUUUGAGUAGUAGUGACAGGCAGUUAUCGUUGAGUACCGGCUGGCAAUAAAUCAACAGAAGAAGAACAGCGUUUGGUCAACCAAACGUCAAGAAGUCUCCAGGAUUCCGGGCUACAUUUGUUACGCUUGGUCUUACCUCGCUAGUCGCUACUUACCUGUCGCUCCUGAAAGAUGUAAGUAGACUUUAUAAUCAUACUGUGCCAGCGGUUAAAUUUAUUUUAGCUGUAGUUUGCUAAAAAGUUCCCCCCCUCUUUUUUUGAUUUCCACGAUGCUUGCUAGCAUACCUGUUGUCAUUGUUUAGUUAUUGUCAAUGAUGCUAACACUUGCUAUGUAAUUUGACACAAUGAAUAACUGCUAUGAAUGCUUACACACCCACCCAGUUUGACCCACAUAUGGAAAAAAACGCAAUAGUGUAUAUCAGACAUUAGUUUUGCAAUGAUUAGGAAUUUUUUUUCCAUUAACUAUACACAAUAUUGUGUUUAUAAGCUGGUGAAAUAGUUUUUUCCUCAUAAAUGUAGUUGUUUACAUCACUGGUCUCAAACCUGAAUGUUAAGUUAAAGAAUGUUAACUUUAACAACUAAAGUGCCUGUAGUGUUAUUCUUAUUUCUUAGCAGAUUAGUUAUUUAACAAGUCAUGUUUGUGUUGAAACAAGAUUUGCUGGUUUGUUAGGAGAGUCUUUUUUUGUUGUUGUAAAGUAAGCUAGUGUGAGUUCCGUUCUCUCUGCUGGUAAGAUUAAUACAGUGUCUGUUCUUCUAAACAGCUAUACUGUAGCACAUUUUAAGUUUUGCACAAAUUUGUCAAGAAAAUAUGUUGUCCACACAGGCUCAUUUAAAUUUUUUUGUUGGAACUUUUAUACUGUUACUGUAAUGAUUACCGUGUCUUGUCUCACCGUUGCCCUUUGUUUGUCAUUUUUGUCACUUUUCUAACUCCUUAGUUUUUCACUUUUGUCACCCUUGUACUUCCAUAGUUUUCUUGUCAGCCUUCGUGUGCUCUGUUCAUUGUUUUCACCUGCCCUCGUUAGUUGUCUUUGGUUUUAGUUUAUCACCCUGUUAUCUUGUUUGAGUUCUGUUUGUUCAUUGGUUCCCGUCUUCCUAUGUCCAUGUAUUUAAACCCUGUCUGUUUGUUCAGUCUCUGUCGGUCGUUGUUUGUUAAUGGAUGUAUUUGUUAGCUCCCGAGUUCCCUGUGACUACUCUCUCGUUCGUGGUUCCUGUUCCCCUUGUUGAUGUCCCCGUGUCCUUCCAAGGUUCUGUCUCUGUUUUCCCAUUGUGGACCUUUCUUUUGUUCCCGUGUUUUAUUUAUUUAUUUUUUCAAUAAAGCCGCGGUUGGAUCCUACCUUCUGUCUGCCUUCUCCUGAUUUCCCACAUCGCGACAGAACGACCGACCGUUACAAUAGAUCCAGCGGUCCAGCAGGCCAACUACCAGCUGCUUUGCUUAAAACAAGGGGACCGACCGGCGUUGUUCCACAUUGGCGACUUCCUCAAACUGGCUAGCGUCUCUGACUUCCCGGACUCUGCCCUGUUGAUCUACUUCAGGGGCAACCUGAACGCCUCAUUGAGGGAGCGGUUGCCGCCAGCAACGCACGAGUGGACUCUCUGCAGCUUCGUGGAGAUGACUUUGCGGGUCUGCGGCUGGCCGGUAACCGUGGACGUCGCUGAGGAGGAUCCUACCUCGCCUCCCUCAGUGGUGACUCUCCAGUCACCCAUGGCGCUUCCUGUCACGCCAGUCCCACCUGUCAACGAGGUCACCCUCACGCCAGUCGCCUUCCAUGAGCCAGCGCGGCCCACUUCGUCUGCCCGGAGGAGGGAGAGAAAACGGGCUUCCGCCUCCCGGUCCGCGCCUGCCCCGGUCUGCGAGCCAGAACCCACGCAUGUCACUGUGAGUGAGCCAGAGCCCACGCAUGUCACUGUGAGUGAGCCAGAGCCCACGCAUGUCACUGUGAGCGAGCCUGAGUCCUCGUCAGCCACGGUGAGCGAGCCUGAGCCCUCGACCGUCCCUGAGCCAGCGCCUGUAGCCUCGACCGUCCCUGAGCCAGCGCCUGUAGCCUCGACCGUCCCUGAGCCAGCGUCUGUAGCCAUGACCGUCCAAGCGCCAACGCCUCCCGAGCUUUCCAGAGCUCCGCCUCCCGAGCUUUCCAGAGCUCCGCCUUCCGAGCCUCCCGAGCUUUCCAGAGCUCCACCUCCCGAGCUUUCCAGAGCUCCGCCUUCCGAGCCUCCUAAGCUUUCCAGAGCUCCGCCUUCCGAGCUUUCCAGAGCUCUGCCUACCGAGUCUUCCAGGGCUCCUCUCGAGCUUCCCAGAGCUCCGCCUCCCGAGUCUCCCAGGGCUCCUCCUCUUGAGCCUCCCAGGGCUCCUCCUCCCGAGCCUCCCAGGGCUCCACCCCUCAAGUCUCUCGAGCCUCCCAGGGCUCCGCCCCCCAAGCCCCUCGAGCCUUCCAGGGCUCCGCCCCUCAAGCCUCUCAAGCCCUCUAGGGCUCCGCCCCUCAAGUCUCUCGAGCCUCCCAGGUCCCCACCCCUGAAGCCUCUCGAGUCUUCCAGGGCUCCGCCUCUCAAGCCUCUCGAGCCUCCCAGGGCUCCGCCUCUCAAGCCUCCCAGGGCUCCACCCCUCAAGCCUCUCGAGCCCUCUAGGGCUCCGCUCCUCAAGUCUCUCGAACCUCCCAGGGCUUCACCCCUCAAGUCUCUCGAGUCUUUCAGGGCUCCUCCUCUCGAGCCUCCUAUGGCUCUGCCUCCCGAACCUCCUACGGCUCUGCUCCCAGAGACUCCAGAGCUUUCUAGGGCUCCGCCUCCCGAGCCCCCUACGGCUCCGCCUCCCGAGCCCCCUACGGCUCCGCCUUCAGAGCCUCCUACGGCUCUGCUCCCAGAGAUUCCCGAGCCUUCUAGGGCUCCGCCUCUCGAGCAUCCUAUGGCUCCACCUCUCGAGCCUCCUUCAGCCCCGCCUCCCGAGCCUCCUUCGGCCCCGCCUCCCGAGCCUCCUUCGGCCCCGCCUCCCGAGCCUCCUAUGGCUCUGCUCCCAGAGCCUCCCAAGCCUCCUACGGCUGAGCCUCCUACGGCUCCACCUCCCGAGCCUUCCAGGUCUCUGCCCCUAAAGCCUCCUACGGCUCUGCCUCCUGAGCCUUCCUCGGCUCCGCCUCCUGAGCCUUCCUCGGCUCCGCCUCCUGAGCCUUCCUCGGCCCCGUCCCCAGAGCCUUCCAGGCCUCCGCCUCUAGAGCUGCCUACGGCGCCACUGCCCUCGGCUCCACCCCCUGAACCGGUGCUUGCCCCAUGGCCAUCUCCUAGGCCACCAAAACCGGCCUCUGUCCUGUGGCCACCUCCCAGGUCCCCCAAGCCUACCCACAUCCCGUGGUCAACUUCCGGGCCCCCAGGAUCGGCCCCUGUCCUUCGACUGCCUCCCAGGUCCCCAAAACCAGUCUUCGCCCAGUGGCCUUCUCCGAGACCUCCUGAACCGGUCCCUUUUUCUUGUCUGCCCCUCGUUGCCCCCCGGACUGCCUGUCUGCCCCUCGUUGCCCCCUGGACUGCCUGUCUGCCCCUCAUUGCCCCCUGGACUGCCUGUCUGCCCUUCGUUGCCCCCCUUGGUCUGUCUGCCCACCACAAGCUCCCCCCCCCAGUCAAUGGACAUUUGUUCUAGUUUUAUGUGAUGUUACUUUUGAGCGUCUGGAAUCCGCUCCCUUAAGGGGGGACUCUGUAAUGAUUACCGUGUCUUGUCUCACCGUUGCCCUUUGUUUGUCAUUUUUGUCACUUUUCUAACUCAUUAGUUUUUCACUUUUGUCACCCUUGUACUUCCAUAGUUUUCUUGUCAGCCUUCGUGUGCUCUGUUCAUUGUUUUCACCUGCCCUCAAGUUGUCUUUGGUUUUAGUUUAUCACCCUGUUAUCUUGUUUGAGUUCUGUUUGUUCAUUGGUUCCCGUCUUCCUAUGUCCAUGUAUUUAAACCCUGUCUGUUUGUUCAGUCUCUGUCGGUCGUUGUUUGUUAAUGGAUGUAUUUGUUAGCUCCCUGUUUCCAGCCCGAGUUCCCUGUGACUACUCUCUCGUUCGUGGUUCCUGUUCCCCUUGUUGAUGUCCCCGUGUCCUUCCAAGGUUCUGUCUCUGUUUUCCCAUUGUGGACCUUUCUUUUGUUCCCGUGUUUUGUUUAUUUAUUGUUUCAAUAAAGCCGCGGUUGGAUCCUA